AUGAAGUCCAAUUCAUUGGGCGCUGCCCUCGUUUUAUCACAGCUCCAAAGAGUCGCCCAGGCUGCGGAUUUGGGGUCGCAUGUUAACCUCUUUCUCGGGACAGAAAAUGGCGGCAACAACUUCCCCGGCGUUGCCAGGCCGUUCGGUAUGGUCAAGCUGGGCCCUGAUCUUUUUACUGGCUCAGACGACGCCUAUUCCGGAUAUCUGCCCAAGGGCGAGUUCUCGGGAUUCAGUAUGAUGCAUGAGCAAGGAACAGGUGGUGCUCCGAAGUACGGCACUGUAUCCCAGCUUCCGCUUGUGGGUAAAGUCGAGGACCCUCUUUCGAAUCUCACUGCUUCGCGCGACGGGACCGACGAGGCAUCUGUCGGGUAUUACAAGGCGAAGACUGGCGACGGAGUUGCUGUGCAGUUGAGCGCGAGUGCGCACGCAGGGAUUUAUCAAUACACUUUUCCUGACGACUCUGAUGAGAACAAUGUGCUUGUUGAUGUUUCUCAUGUUCUUCCGUCGUUUCGAGGGCAGGGUCUUAGCCAGGGGUAUAAGGGCGGAAACUUCACUAUCCUCUCCGACGGACACUAUGAAGGAUAUGGAGUUUAUGACAAUGGCUGGAAUAGGUCCCCUGAUUGGACCAUUUACUUCUGUGGAUAUUUCGAAAACGACAUCAAAAGUAAGGCAGCCUACAAUGGCACCGACGAUAGUGGCAGCGUCAAGCAGGACAGUGGCUCUGCUACUUCUUCGACCAUGUCCACACGAGUCGGCGGGGUAUUCUCCUUCAAAGACAAGGAUGUCGUCUCUCGGGUGGGUAUCUCAUGGGUAUCCUCGAAUCGAGCUUGCCAGCAUGUUCAAGAUGAGAUUCCCGCUGAGGCAUCCCUUGAAUCUGUCGUCGAUGACGCGAAGUCUGAAUGGGAAAAGGCGGUUUUCUCCAAGAUAACAACCACUAACACCAACGAGACAAGCCUCACGCUUCUGUAUUCGUCUCUUUACUUCAUGCACCUUAUCCCCACAAACCAAACGGGAGAGAACCCGGGCUGGGAAUCGGACGAGCCAUAUUAUCAGGAUAUCUUCACCUUUUGGGACACUUUCCGGUGCUCAACCGCACUCAUGCACAUCCUGCAGCCGACUUCGUAUGAAGAGCAGAUUCGCUCCUUGAUCGACAUCUGGCGAUUCGACGGCUACCUGCCUGACGGGCGUUCCUCAAACUACAAUGGCCGAACCCAAGGUGGCUCAAAUGCUGACAACGUUCUCGCUGAUGCAUACGUCAAGGGACUGCGUGGCGCCAUAAACUGGGAUGACGGCUAUAAGGCGAUGGUAAAGGAUGCCGAAAAAACUCCUCCCAAUGACCCUGUCGACUCCAUGGCCCCCGAUUCUUCCACUAAGGAGGGACGAGGUGCCCUGCCAGACUGGAUUGAGUUAGGAUAUAUAACACCAAAGUACUCGCGCGCCGUCAGUCGCGCUGUAGAAUAUGCCAGCAACGACUUCGCUCUGUACCAGGUGGCAUCAGGUCUGGGCUUUGACGAUGACGCGAAAAAGUACCUGAACCGUUCCAGAAACUGGCGAAACCACUGGAACAAGGACCAGAAAUCACUAGGUUUCUCUGGAUUCGUCGUCCCUCGUGAUAAGGAUGGUUUUAUUGAAACAGACCCAAUUGAUGAUAGUGGAUAUUGGGGUGACCCAUAUUACCAGGCGACUUCCUGGGCUUACUCAUUGUCAAGCGUUCACGAUAUGAAGUCUAUUAUUGAGUUGGUAGGUGGUGAGAAGACCAUGCUUGAGCGCUUGGAUGCCACGUUCAAAGAGGGUGCAAGUGGUUCUGAUGGGAUGAUCUUCGAUCCCACGAACGAACCAAUGUUUAACAUCCCAUACCUAUACAACUACAUCAACAAACAAAACAUCUCUGUUGCCCAGUCCCGUCACGUCGCUAAGACGUACUACCACACCGACGUGGACGGCCUUCCGGGAAACAGCGACGCUGGCGCCAUGCAAACAUGGCUUCUCUGGAACAUGAUCGGCCUGUAUCCAAUCACAGGACAAACAACCUUCCUCAUCCACUCCCCUUGGUUUGAGUCUUUAAGCAUCGACCUAGGAGGCGACAAGACGCUGAAAGUCACCAGCACCGGCGGUGACGGUAACGGAGACACAAAAAUCCAUGUCCAAAGCUUGAAGGUAAAUGGACAGAACUGGAAAAAGAAUUGGCUGGCGUGGAAUGAUAUUUUCGCCGAGGGUGGCACACUGGAAUUCGAGCUUGGAGAUAAGCCGAGUCAGUGGUUUACCGGGGAAGCACCCCCAAGUCCUGCUUCAGUUUAG